AUGACUUGUAUACUGAGCUGCUCUCAUGGCGUCGUGAUCGCGACCGCUAUGGUUUUCUCAAGCACUGCUCUGUUUCUCGCGGUUUCCCGCCAAUUCUCUGGAAAUCAGACAUCAGAGAUCGAUGAUCAACAAAUCCUCCGUUCAUGUCUUUCUUCAGAGGAAAAGAAGAAACAAAGGAAGAAGAAGAAGGUGAAAUUCGCCGAGAAUGUGAAGGAGCCGAAAGGGAACGGUGAAAAGUAUCGUAAGAGGGAACAUUGGACGAAAUUCAUCUCUCUCUAUUUUGUAGCAAUGAAGGAGCGAGAUAUGGGGCAAAAAUGA